AAUUUUCUACUAUAUACAGAAAAAUGUGGCCAAUAUUCAUAUUAGUAAUAACCUUAUUUGGAUGGUUGGUACCAGAAACAUCGUCCGGAUCAGUAUCAUUUUGUCCCACUGGAUGUAUAUGCAACGAUGAAACAUUAGUUGUACAAUGCGAAAAAAGUAAAUUAGAUGUAGUGCCAAUAACAUUAAAUCCGCAAAUACAACGAUUAAUAUUAAAGAAUAAUAAAAUUCGGACUGUUGAUGCUGCAUUCCAAUUUUAUGGUGAUUUACAAUAUGUGGAUUUAUCAUCGAACCAUUUAAUGAGCAUGUCAAAAACAAUGUUUGAUAAUCAGAAGAAAUUACAAGAGCUACAUUUAAAUAAAAAUCACAUUGCUGUCAUCACGAAUAUUACAUUUCAAGGAUUAAAAUCAUUAACAGUAUUAAAUUUACGUGAAAAUUAUUUAGAGCAACUUACUGAAAAAUUAUUUUCCAUUCUUCCAAGAUUGGAAGAAUUAAAUUUAGGACAAAAUAGAAUUACAAGUAUAGAUCCACUUGCAUUCGAUGGGUUAAAUUCGUUGCGUGUAUUAUACCUAGAUGAUAAUCAGCUAAGCAUUGUCCCAACAGCAGCCUUUAAACCACUUGGAAGCUUAGCUGAAUUACAUGUUGGCCUAAAUGGAUUUUCCGAAUUAAAUAAUGGUGCAUUUUCCGAUUUAGAGAAAUUGAGUGUCUUAAAUCUACUGUCAGCUGGAUUAGUAAACAUAAGUGAAGGAGCUUUUAGUGGAUUAUCUGGUCUAAGAACUUUAGAUUUAACCGAUAAUCGUUUAACAUCCAUUCCUACGAAACAAUUAGCCGAAUUACCCCGUUUAGAAGAAUUAGCAAUUGGACAAAACGAAUUUACAUCUAUUAAACCAGAUUCAUUCAAAGGUUUAUCGAAUUUACGCAAAAUUGAUAUUACUGGAGCAGGUCAACUGGAACGUAUUGAAGCUGGAGCAUUUGCGUCAAAUUUGAAUUUAGAAACUGUUAUAUUAGCAAAUAAUCGUAAAUUGAGUCAAAUUGAUGACGGAGCACUUGCUGGAUUGCCAAAAUUACAUAGAUUAUUAUUGCGUGACAACAGUUUAACGACUUUGAGUGAAGGUUCAGCAUCAUGGGGUGAUAUACGUGGUUUAGAAUUAACUGACAUUCCAUUAGAAUGCACGUGUGAUUUGUUAUGGCUACGUAAUAUUCUAGCAAUGAAAAAUUUAACUACAGUUCAAUGCGCUGGACCGCAAGCUGUACGUGACAGGCAAAUGCGAUCAUUGUUACCGGAAGAAAUGGGCUGUGCAUUUAAUGAUCCUCGUCAACAAGCAAUUUUAGGUGCAUUAUGUGUAAGUGGAGUUGCUUUGCUUGCUGGAUUAUCAUUAACCUUGUACAGAUAUCGAAGAAAUGUACGCGAUGUUGUAAAAGAUUACAAAUGGAAUAAACGUGCCAUAAGUCGUAAAGAACAUGAAUAUCAAAAAACAUUUUCUGAAGAUGAGUAUAUGGUGCGUGCUGCGGCUGCUGCUGCAGCUCACCAUCAAAAUCAUCCACACCUAGCACCUGUUAAACAAAUACCUGUUACGGAACUGUAGCUAGAACUUCGUGCGGGUCCGGCAAUUUAUUGUUUGGGUACAGCACCCCGACCUCAUCACAAUGGGGGACCACCACCGCCGCCGCCACCUCCCCGUGGCAGUUCAAGUAGCCAAGGUGGUAGUAUAAACACAACCCCAUAUAGACAUCACGUAUCGCAUGUCAUGCAUGGUGGGCCCGGUGGUACUCUACCUGUACGAGGCUUUACAUACUUACGACCUCAUCAGCCACAUUAACUUUUAGCUAGGACCAGCGCACGCGGAAAAAUUUUAAACUAAAAAACGUAUCUAAAAUUUAUCAAGCAAUAAGUAAAAUUUCACAAUCCGAACCUGACGUGGAAAAUAUUUUAACAAAACACAAAUGAUGUAAAAAAAAUU